CUAUGUACAAAGGGAAACGUUACUCUGCAGCUGAAAGAAAAGUGUCGUCCAGUUUUCUGCCCUAAACGUCCAGUUGCGUACGCUAUGCUGGAUGCAGUCGACAAGGAACUGGACCGGCUGGAGAAGCUAGGAGUCAUCACACCGGUCGAUUUCUCUGACUGGGCCGCACCAAUUGUCGUCGUGCGGAAAGCAAACGGUCAGAUAAGGAUCUGCGGAGAUUACUCGACCGGUCUCAAUGGAGCCUUGCACCCCCAGGAGUACCCGCUUCCACUACCAGCAGAUAUUUUCGCCAGGCUAGGUAAUUGCACUCAUUUUACACAAAUAGAUUUAUCGGAUGCUUUCCUUCAGGUCGAAAUUGCUGAGCAGAGUCGGAAGUUUCUAACCAUCAACACGCAUAAAGGGCUUUACUCCUACAACCGACUACCACCGGGCAUCAAGGUAGCUCCUGCGGCUUUUCAACAGUUGAUGGACAAAAUGCUCAUUGGAUUGCGGGGAGUUUCCAGUUACAUGGAUGAUAUCAUUAUCGGAGGUAGGAAUCAGAAAGAACAUGAUGAUAUUUUAAAUGAAACGCUCGCUAGAAUUCAAGAUUAUGGUUUCACAAUUCGCGUAGAAAAAUGUUUUUUUAAUGAGAAGCAAAUACGGUAUCUAGGGCACAUAAUCGAUAAUCAAGGCAUCAGACCAGAUCCGGAAAAAGUUAAAGCUAUAACCAAUUUGCCAGCACCAUCAGAUGUCAGUGAAGUAAGGUCAUUCCUCGGAGCAAUCAAUUAUUAUGGGCGCUUUAUUCCAAAUCUACGAAAUUUGCGGUACCCACUGGAUGCACUACUAAAAGAAGGGAGAGAAUUUGCGUGGACUGCAGAAUGCCAGAAAGUUUUUGAAAAAUUCAAGUCAGUAUUGUCUUCAAACCUAUUAUUAACCCACUAUGAUCCGCGACUUGAGAUAGUGGUAUCAGCUGAUGCGUCUUCCGUUGGUCUGGGAGCAACUCUAAGUCACAAAUUUUCUGAUGGCAGUAUGAAGGUUGUACAACAUGCAUCACGAUCUCUUACAAAAGCCGAGCAAAGAUACAGUCAAAUCGACCGGGAAGGGCUAGCUAUCAUUUUCGCAGUGACCAAAUUUCAUAAGAUGAUAUUUGGUCGGCAUUUCCGUCUUCAGACAGAUCACAGGCCUCUGCUAAGAAUAUUUGGAAACAAGAAAGGUAUUCCUGUUUACACUGCAAACAGGUUACAGCGUUUUGCCCUUACGCUUUUAAUGUACGAUUUUGAAAUCGAAUAUGUAACCACGGAGAAAUUUGGAAAUGCCGACAUCCUAUCAAGAUUGAUAAGCGAGCACAGCAAGCCAGAUGAAGACUAUAUAAUCGCCAAUUUGGAGCUAGAGAAGGAUGUAAAAUCAGUAGUCAUCAGCAACAUCUCAUCCCUACCAAUCAAUUUUACGGAAGUAGCCAAACAAACGGGAAAAGAUUCAAUUUUAUCAAAGGUACUACAUUUUACACAAAACGGUUGGCCACAUAAUACUAUUUAUACAGGAGAAUUAGCAAGUUUUUAUGCAAGAAGGGAAGCGUUAUCAGCAGUGGAUGAGUGUUUAUUAUUUGGCGAGAGAGUCAUAAUUCCAAACAGCCUUCAGGAACGAUGCCUCCGACAGUUCCAUCGUGGCCAUCCUGGCAUUCAAAGAAUGAAAUCGUUAGCUCGUAGCUACGUAUAUUGGCCAUCCAUCGAUAAAGACAUAAGCGAAUGCGUAGCCUCUUGUGAGAGGUGUCAAGCUGUUUCAAAGUCACCUGCUCAUUCAGCUCCUGUUCCUUGGCCUAAACCUUCAUCACCAUGGCAGCGUGUGCAUAUCGAUUACGCUGGCCCUCUGGAAGGGGACUAUUUUUUAAUUGUCGUGGAUGCAUACUCAAAAUGGCCAGAGAUUGUAAAAACAUCAAGCAUUACGGCAUCGGCGACUAUAGCAAUUCUACGAGGAAUAUUUUCACGUUUUGGAAAUCCAGUCACGCUUGUAAGUGACAAUGGCACGCAGUUUACUAGCGAGAUUUUUGCUGAUUUUUGCGCUCACAAUGGCAUAGAACAUCUGAGAACAGCACCAUUUCAUCCUCAGUCAAAUGGCCAGGCUGAGAGGUUUGUAGACACGUUCAAGAGAUCGAUGAAAAAGAUUAGUGCAGAAGAUACAUCACUUCCGGAGGCAUUGGACAUAUUUUUACAAACCUAUCGAUCGACUCCAAAUCCGUCCACAGAAGAAAAGAAAUCACCAGCUGAGCUCAUGUUAGGUCGUAAAAUGCGAACAACUUUGGAUCUGCUUCGUCCUACCUUAAAUCCAUUUAAACACAGUGUACCUGAGAAGGUGAGAGAGUUGUCCUGCGGAGAUUUAGUGUACGUCAAGACAUACAGCAGAAACAUUUGGAAAUGGGAGCCAGCAGUCAUAACCGGAAGAUGUGGCAACGUUAUGUAUGAAGUUGUAACCGGUGAUCAACGUACACUUCGAAGGCAUGUAAAUCAAAUGCGUAGGCGUAACGGAAAUCGUCAUCAGCAGAGCCGCUCUUCGAAACCCUUAGCUCUGGAUGUAUUUCUGGAUUCAUGGAAUGUAAUGCACGAGCCACCACCGUUGCUUGACGAUCAGUGCACUCCAUCACCUGUUCAGGCGCCACCGUUAUCGUUAUCAUUGGCUCCAACAACGUCUCUUCCAUCACCGAGUUGUUUGUCACCAUCGUCAUCGUCGACUCCACCAUCGUCUACAAUACCGCCUGAGUCUGCUAUCACAUCGUCUGCGUCCUCGCCAUCGUCAUCGUCCAAUUCGGGUUCAGUCUACACUUCCUGUUCACCUACAUCACCUGAAGAGUCUCCAACAGAUGAACUAGAUGACCACAAGGAAGAAGAACAGCUGGUACAAGUACCACGUAGGUCUUCUAGAAAUAUAAGACCCUCACGUUGGUUGGACCAGUACCAGCUAUAUUAACAGGGGGAGAUGUUGUGGACGGAAUCAAAGUUGCGCAACAUUGUGCUCUGGGCCGCUCGCUACGUGCGACGGUUUUCAGACGCUAGAGCUGUCAACAACCACGUGCAGCUAAAGGGCGCAGCCAUCGCGAUCCUUCCGAGGACCGAGGUCGGGACGACGACCUCGGGGUGACCGUUGACAUAGACUUCACUGCAGGCCAUCCGCGAUAAGAGGUGCGAGCGCGAGCAUUAGGGACUAGCGGGCGUAUAGGUUUUUUGUAUGUAAAGUUUUAUUGCGUUGUACAUCGUUAUUGUAAUAUAGUGUUUUAAGUACUUUUUA